GGUCUCGCGACGCUGUCAGUAGUGCAGCGUGAGACGUGAGAGGAAGGUUGUGCUAUCGCGAGAACUCUGCCUGUAGGCUCUUAGCUGGUGUCAGGCGGUGUCUCUCCCGCGAAGGUCUUCUUGGAUUGCCCGGAAUUGCACUGGUAGCUGGAACGGUGAGCAGAAUGAGUAUCUCACAGGACCAGAAUGGCUCCAAUAAGAGAGAACCCCUUUUGAGGUGUUGCGAUGCACAGAGGGACUUGGAGCUUGCUAUUGGUGGAGUUCUCCGGGCUGAACAGCAAAUUAAAGAUAACUUGCGAGAGAUCAAAGCUCAGAUUCACAGCUGCAUAAGCCGUCACUUGGAAUGCCUUCGAAGCCGUGAGGUAUGGUUGUAUGAACAGGUAGAUCUCAUCUAUCAGCUUAAAGAGGAGACACUUCAGCAACAGGCCCAGCAGCUCUACUGGUUACUGGGCCAGUUCAAUUGUCUUAUUCGUCAGCUGGAACGCACCCAAAACAAAGAUCUAGCCAAUCAAGUCUCUUUGUGCCUGGAGAGACUGGGAAGUUUGACCCUGAAACCUGAAGAUUCAACUGUUCUACUUUUUGAAGCAGACACAACUGCUCUGCGCCAGGCCAUCACAACUUUUGGGUCCCUCAAGACCAUUCAAAUUCCUGAGCAUUUGAUGGCUCAUGCUAGUUCAUCAAAUAUUGGACCCUUCAUGGAGAAAAGAGGCUAUAUGCCAUUGCCAGAGCAGAAGUCAGCAUCUAGCACCAUAGCUGUCCCUCUCAGUGAAUGGCUCCUUGGAAGCAAACCUGCCAGUGGUCAUCAGACUUCUUACACACCCAGCACCAAUCUGCAGGACUGGCUCACUCAAAAGCAUACCUUGGAGAAUAAUCAGACUUCUGCCAGAGCCUGCAAUUUCUUCAGUAAUGUCUGGGGCAACCUAAAGGACUUGGAAAACUGGCUCCACAAGAGUCAGCAUCAAGAAGUUCCUGAAAAACCAAGUUAUCAAAAGGGUAGCAGUGAUUCUACCACCAGUUCUUACUCCGUUGAUACUGAAAAGGAUGAGAACCUGGAGCUGCUUGAUCAAGAUGAGAUGGAUCUUUCUGAUUGGCUGGCAACUCCCCAGGAACCCCAAAAGCUGGAGAAGCCUGGGAAUGGCAGCUGUGCAACCAGUGAGAGAUUUAAGCUCUUAUUUCAGGUGUUCCAAGAGUCUUAUAGUGUGAAUGAUUGGCUUGUCAAGCCUGAUUCCUGUACCAAUUGUCAGGGCAACCAGCACCGAGGUGUGGAGAUCGAAAACCUGGGCAGUCUGAAGUGCUUGAAUGACCACAUGGAGGCCAAGAAACCCUUGCCUAUUCCCAGCAUGAUUAUUGAAGAUUGGCUUGUCCAGAACCAUCAUGAGCCAUAUAAAGUAGAGGAGGUCUGCAAAGCCAAUGAGCCCUGUACAAGCUUUGCAGAAUGUGUGUGUGAUGAAAAUUGUGAGAGGGAAGCUCUUUGUAAAUGGCUGCUGAAGAAAGAAGGAAAGGAUAAAAACGGUAUGCCUGUGGAACCAAAAUCUGAAUCUGAGAAAUGUAUAGAUUCCCUAAGUAUGUGGCUUUGUCCUUCUAGAAAAGAGGCAACAGAACAAGCUAAGAUACCAAAAGCAAUGGCUCCUUCUAGAAUUGCUGAUUCCAUCAAAGUGAUAAGAAAUAGUCCCUUGUCAGAAUGGCUUAUCACACCCUCAUGCAAAGGAUAUCCCAAGGAAGUGCCUACUGCUGAGGACCAAGCUGGCAAACAAAAGCUUACCAGCCCUGUGGCCUCUUCCUGGUGUCCCUUUAAUGCAGCUGACUGGGUCUUGCCAGCAAAGACGACAGGAAAUCUCAGCCAGUUUUCCUCAGGAGAAGAUAAGUGGCUGCUUCGAAAGAAGGCCAAGGAAGUAUUGCUUAAUUCACCCCAACAGGAGGAACAUAACUUUCCCCCAGACUGUUAUGGUUUUCCAGCAGUUUGUGAUCUCUUUGCCUGUAUGCAGCUUAAAGUUGAUAAAGAAAAGUGGUUGUAUCGAACUCCUCUACAGAUGUGAAGGAAUGGAGUACUAGAGUCAAGCAACUUUCCUGCAAUUUCUCACACUUCAUAAGCCGAGUGACUGCAGCUUGCCAAAUCAUUGUUUCUGGGUGUGACCAAUCAGCUUAGUUCCUUUCUUGACUAAUUUUCAACUAAUGAAGAAAAAUAAGUCAUCAAAUUAUGAGUUACUGUGUAAAAGAAAAAGGCUAUUUUUUGAUGGCUGACGUGAUUCAGUUCCUUCUUACAAAGAAUUCACUCUUACACUAGAAAUGCAGUAUUUUGGUGGGUAUUUCUUUCAUAAGCUUCCAUGGCUCCUUAUAUUGGGUUGUUACUAGCACAUUAAAAACACUGUAGUUUUAAAAAAGAAAUAGUUCUGUUAAGGUGUUCAUCAAAGAAGCUAGUGAACUUCUUUAACCUUUUAAUUACCCUUUUUAGAUGCUUCCUUUGCUGUGGGUUUUCUUCCAUUAGUGGUGGAAAUAAUUUCUAAUUAUAUUACAUUUCAUAUAAGAAUUAACUGAGAAUAUAGUGAUUUUUUAAACCAAAAUAUGUAUCAGCAUCUUGGCAAUUUUUGACAUUAAUUACAAAAGACACAUCAGAUUCUACAGUAUUUUCUUUUGGAAGAAGUUUAGUUACUGCAGAUUUUGUCCUUAUUUCCUUCUCUAAAUGUUGUAUCCAGUGAGCUCUUUUAGAAGGGCUCUGAAUUGCUUCAAGACAACAUCCUGGAUAAUCCGAAUGUCUAGAAAUAUUCUGAAGAAACACAGGCAAAAGAGUCGUCCCCAUGCCCACUAAUCAAAAAGCAAAAGACAGGACAUGCUGGAAAUGUAGCACUUGAACUAUUCAUUAUUCUAAGGGUUGGUUAUUGGUACGUCCUGUGUAAAAUGGAUGUUGAGCUUAACACCUACCUGGUGCUUUUAACUGGGGUUAAAUUAAAUGCCCUUUUAGUGCAAGUACAGUGUACUUUUACCUCUAAAAACAAAAUGCAGAGACAUUUAGAGAACAGGCUGUUUUGAACACUUGUGCCUUGGGGUGUUUAUUGAAGCUUUAUGAAAGCUGGUAUUUUCUCAAGAUGCUCAAAGUAAUGUUCAUACUUUAAAAAGUUUCUCUGUAGGAGAGAAAUGGUAUUAACUGCUUUCCACCAGGCCUUUAAAUUUAUUAAGCCACUGAACUUGCCUUGGUAUGUGGUAUUGGAAAUACUUUCACAGUUUGUAAUAUUGUCAUCCAGAAAGCCCUUUUGGAGAAAUUUCACAGUUCGAGUGUCAUUUGCCCUACAGCUUCACUGGAAUUCUUGAACCACAGCUGAAAAAAGCCAUUAUUUUUAGUUCCCCCUCCCCCAACAUAAUUUAGAACUUUAAUAAAGGUGAUGGGUAAAAACUUAGCCUUUCCAUUAUUUUAGGUCCCAGAACAUUUGGUAGUUUUUGAGGUUUAACAGUGUGUAUUCCUAACUUUACAUUAAUCACUAUGCUAAUGAGUAUGUCUUUUACAUUAUGCAUUUUGUACCUCCCCAUUAAAAGCAUUAACAAACAGUUGUAUUUUGUGUAAGUACCUUGUAACAAAAUAUUCUAUCAUGUUAUGUAAAUGUGUAAUCAAUUUUAUAUUCCAUAAAAUACCAAUGAAUUUUAUGAAUCUUCAGUUAGCAAGAACAGGUAUAUUGCCACUAACUUCCAUUUCUAGUUUCUUCCUGCAAACUUUUCAUAUCGAUUCCUUUUAAUCUGCUAAAUUCAGAGCUUUUCUGUGAAAUCCCUUACUAGAUGUGUCCAAAAGGCCCUACUUUUGCCAAUCAUAACUGCCAGUUGUUUAGCAUUUAUUAUGUGUAUAUAUAACCUGCAGUGCAAUUUUACUUCUUAUUAGAGGACAAAAGUAACUUGCCCAUAUUUCCUUUGGCUUUCCCACUUGAAAACUUAAAAGCUCUUGUGUAUAUUUCAUCUUUUUUUUCUAAUUAUCCCCAGUAAGGGGGCUAAUCCACACAGACUUAAGCAUGACUGCUAGGCAGAUUGUUCUGGCAAGUUAUUCCAGUGGUAUGUUUGAACUAUCUUGAGGUUUAGAGUCAACUCUGUAGGAGGAAAAUCUUACCCUAGCUAUUAUUGCCACCAGUAACCCUUCAUUUCAACACAAAUGUGAAAACAUGUUUUAGCCUAGCUGGGGUAGAAAAAAAUGCGAAGAGUAAAUUUCACUUUAAACCCAGAAAGAUGCUUUUAAAUAGAGACACCCAUUAUGUUUACACUGGAGUGGACUUUGGUUCUGUUUUCACCCUUUAUUGGGAACGCAGGACAUUACAGUUUUUGAUCAUUGAAUGAACAAAUGUGGUGAUAUGGUAUUGAACAAACUGAAUGACGAGAGUAAGUAGGUUUCCGUUCAGCAGGUAGGAAAGAGAACAGGUGCAAGAUCUUCAAAGAUAACCAUGUUACUGCUCAGCUACCAAAGGGUUUUGGCUUCAAUUCAUUAAUGGCUGGAAGGAGAGCCAGCCUGGUCAACAAUCUUCAUCACAGCAAAUCGGUAUCUGCACAAUUUUUCAACCUAAUUGUAGGUAUAAGAGAACUCUACACUAACUCAUAAAUUGAUCUGGAUAACUACUAAAGUGUCCUCCAUUUUCAGGUUGGCAAAAUCUUCAGAGUGACUGUUGGAGCAAGGAGCCUUUCAUGUGCUCCCAGUUAUUAUAUAGUGCAUAGAGGCUAGUAAGUGUUAGUCCUGCUAGACCACCUCGUGCUACCCCUCGAAGACCACCUGAGAGAGAGAAAAAUAAGAUUUGUAUUGCAUAGUGUCCUAACAUCAAUGGAUUAAACAAGAGUAUUAUAGAAUUGAGACAUAACCAUUCAUGUUUAUAAAUACUGUCCCAAACAGGAGAGUAAAAGUUUUAAAAGAAACACAAGAAACCAAUCAGGAGACAAAGUCCCUAAAUGACUUGUUUAAUAUACAUGCUAUAUUUCAUAUUUUAAUAAAAUCUUUUAACUUUUAAUGUCACAAUUUAUACCUAAGAUUACCAGCAUUAACAGUUUGACUUUUUUCAUUCAGACUUGUUCUUAAUACUUUUUAUAAAAGAUCUUAUGCUUAUUACCAUUGCAUUCCCAGCCAGAUCAGUAAUUUCCUGCUAGUCAAAACAGCUUAGACUUCAUUGGGACUAUCAAGUGACUUAAAGUGAUAUAUAAACAAGGCCAUACCCUCUAUGGAAAUGGCAUUAACCUUUGGACUCUACAGGCUGUCAAGAAACUAACUUGGAAGACUGAAGUAGAGGUGGUAAGAUGAUUAUAACGAAGCUUUGAGUUAGGUGCUGAAGAAGUACCAACUUCCCUGUCCCUCAUUCCAACACUGAUGUGUCAGACAAUAUUCUAUUACAAAUACUGAACACUGAGGCUCUUGGCAUCAUUGCACUAGUUGAAAAACACUUAAGGAUUAACAAUAAAUGUUUUGUUUAAAAUGCAGAAACAAAACUCUUUCAACCAAUUAACUGAAGUAAGUACCCACAUCUACUAAGAUAAAUUUACUCAAACUUUUAAGAGAACAUGAGUUUCACAAACAGGUGGGGACCAUAAACUUCAGGUAGCCUAUAUUGUACCUAUGGAGUAUCUGUUUUAAGUUGUUUUAGGAAAGCAAAGGGAACGCAGCUGUGGCUCAGUAAUUACCUUAUGAGAAGUAGGAAACAUUAAAUUCUGUGAAAUUCAGUGAUGUUGCCCAGUUUACUUCAAACCAAUCAUUUAUGCAAUGACAUCCUGCCAGAUGGCUCCAGCUAACAGAUUAAAGGUCUACUCCUUCCAAGAGCCUCUGAAGUCUGGAGUUCUGAUAGCUAACCUGCUUAGGUUUCCACUAUGAAAUGCCUUAUUUAUCUCGCUCAAACAGAUCCAUACAGAAACUGCUUACAUCAUCUCUAAAAUAGAUGUCAAAUAUGUGUGUGUGUGGGGGGGAUU